CUYUCCCCGUGGUUCCGUUAGCGCCGGCCGCGGUGGACUCUGUCGCGUGCUUCGAACCGGUCCCGGGGCUCGGGUGUCACUUGAGAACCGCCGUGUUUCAGUCCCUGAAGUGCGUCAGGACCGGUGAUUUGUGUGUUUCAGARCCGCCGCACCGAUGUCAGGUGAGGGGAGGCUAGGUGGAGGCUAACAGACGAACCGAACCGGACCGGACCGUCAGCCAGCUGCUCGGAACACGACCGGAGAGGCAGGACACCCGUCAGAAUGCCCGUCGGAGUCUGUGGCUGCUGUGGGCCGCUGAGGCCGAGGUACAAACGACUGGUGGACAACAUCUUCCCAGAGGACCCUAAAGAUGGCCUCAGUAAAUCCGACAUGGAGAAGCUGACCUUCUACGCCGUCUCGGCUCCAGAGAAGCUGGACCGGAUCGGCGCCUACCUGGCCGAGAGGCUGAGCAGAGACGUGGUGCGACACCGCUACGGGUAUGUGGUGAUCGCCAUGGAGGCUCUGGACCAGCUGCUGAUGGCCUGUCACUCUCAGAGCAUCAAACCCUUCGUGGAGAGCUUCCUGCACAUGGUGGCCAAGCUGCUGGAGUCCAGAGAGCCGGACCUGCAGGUUCUGGGAACAAACUCGUUUGUGAAGUUUGCCAACAUCGAGGAGGACACGCCYUCCUACCAUCGUCGCUACGACUUCUUUGUGUCCCAGUUCAGCGCCAUGUGCCACUCGACUCAUGAAGAUCCUGAGACCAGGAGCAGGAUCCGAGUGGCUGGGAUUAAAGGUCUGCAGGGCGUGGUGAGGAAGACUGUGAACGACGAGCUGCAGGCCAUCAUCUGGGAGCCUCAGCACAUGGACAAACUCAUCCCCUCCAUGCUGUUCAACAUGCAGGACAGCGAGGACCUGGACAGGGCGGGGCAUCCCAGCACACCAUCAGUGGUGGGUCAGGAUGGUGAGGAGAACCCUGCUGUGCUGGCUGAGAACUGCUUCAGAGAGCUGCUGGGCCGAGCCGCGUACGGCAACAUGAACAACGCAGUCCGACCCGUGUUGGUCCACCUGGACAACCAUCAUCUGUGGGACCCCAACGAGUUUGCAGUUUCCUGCUUCAGGAUCACCAUGUACUCAAUCCAGGCCCAGCACUCSCACCAUGUCAUCCAGCAGGUUCUGAACCACCUGGACACCCACAGUAAGAGCGCUCCGCGGGUCAGAGCCGGCAUCGUCCAGGUCCUCCUGGAGACGGUGGCCAUCGCUGCCAAAGGAUCCGUGGGUCCAACGGUUCUGGAGGUCUUCAACACGCUGCUCAAACACCUGAGGAUGAGCGUGGACUUUGAGCUGGGCGAGAGCUCCAGGAGGAACUCCAGCAGCAGCGUGUCAUCGGGCCGAGGGAAGGAGAGCGAAGAGCGGAUCGUCCAGAACGCCAUCAUCCAGACCAUUGGGUUUUUCGGUGGAAAUCUGCCGGAUUAUCAACGAGCCGAAGUCAUGAUGUUCAUCAUGGGCAAAGUUCCCGUGUUCGGGACCCCCUGCCACAGCUUGGACACCGUUAAGAUCGGGCAUCAGGGAACCAAGAGGAUCCAGACCAUGCUGCUCAGCUCCCUGAUCAUGGUGACCUCCGGGUUCAAGUCCAAGUCCAUGACGGCGGCGCUGCCCCCGUCCUUCCUGGAGCCGCUCUUCUCCAUCUCUCUGAUGGAGGACAGCGAGCUGAGGCAGCUGGUGCUGGAGAUYCUCCACAACAUCAUCGAUCGCCACGACAACCGCGCCAAGCUCCGCGGCAUCAGGAUCAUUCCAAACGUGGCGGCGCUGAAGAUCAAGAGAGAGAAGAUUUCCAAACAAGACGUCGGAUUCAUUAAGAAGCACGGGCAGCAGCUCUACCGCCACGUCUACCUGGGCUGCAAAGAGGAAGACAACGUUCACAAAAACUAUGAGCUGCUCUUCACCACGCUCGCCAUCCUGACCAUCGAGCUCGCCAACGAGGAGGUGGUCAUCGACCUGAUCCGCCUCGCCAUCGCUCUGCAGGAAAUGGCUCUGAUCAAUGAGGAGAACCUGCCCAUGUUCAAUCGUUGCAGUAUUAUGGCGCUGGUGGCGGCGUACCUCAACUUCCUGAGUCAGAUGAUCGCCAACCCGCCUCUGUGUCAGCACGUCAGCAAAGUAAUCGAGUUGAGGAACAUGGACGCCCCRUACCUGCUGCCAGAACAUAUCUUCAGAGACAAGUGUCCACUCCCUGAAUCUUUGGACAAAGACGACAAGCAGCUGUUUUUCCAGACAGCAGAAAUGGCCGAGUGUCUGGUGGGACCAGGAUACAACGCAGAGCGCCUCCCCAUCCCCUACAUCCCCCAGGUGACAGAUGAAGACCGUMUGACCAGGAGGAAGAGCUUUGUGGACACCAUCUCCCUGCAGGUGGACAUCAUGUCCAACAGUCUCCCAGAUCAGUCCCAGCUGGCCGAGGAGAUCACCUUCGAGACGCUGAAGAAAGCCAUCGACACCACGGGUCUGGAGGAGCAGGAGAAGGAGAGGAGGCGCCAGGUGAUGGAGAAGUUUCAGAAAGCUCCGUUUGAGGAGCUGGCCGCUCACUGCGAGUCCAAGGCCAACCUGCUGCACAGCCGCCUGGCCCAGAUCUUUGAGCUCACCAUCCGGCCCCCCCCCAGYCCGUCCGGUGUGGUGUCCCUCUCUGCGGGACACACUCAGCACCCGUCGGUCCCGGUCUACGAGAUGAAGUUCCCGGACCUGUGUGUGUACUGAUCCGUCCUGAGUCGGGUCAAACAGAACAUUUCAUGAAGCCAAGCUUAACGUGACGUCGCCUCCAGCUGCUCCUCAAACAUCUGCUCUGCUCCUUCAUGGAAGGACCGGGUCGUGUUCUGGUUCUGAUCGGGUCCACUGAUGCUUAAAGUUCUUUAAGGCUCCAAACAGAUCUGACCCGUUUCUGCUCCUCCAGCACCAGAACUUUAAACUCAGAAUAAUCCAGGGUUCUGCUGUAGUCUUAAUCUCUGCUUUUUUUAAUGAGUUAGACCCAUUUAAUCUGACACUGUCUUAAUCUGAGUUUAUUCCCUCAUUUCCAAAGUUUAUAAAUCUGGUUUAAUCUGAGUUUAUUCCAGUGUUUCAGAGGUUUACGCACAACCCUGCUCGGUCCGAAAUGAGAUUAAAASUGAUUCUUAGACUUAAGAAUUUUGAUAAGUGGCACUUAAAUCUGAGAUUAGGAGUAAAUCUAAGAGAUUUUCAGCACUUAAGUCUAAAAAUCCACUCUAAGAACUUUGAUAAAUACAGGCCCUGGUUUAAUCUGAGUUUAUUCCAUUGUUUCACAGGUUUAUAAAUCUGGUUUAAUCUGAGUUUAAUCUGACCAAAAUUUCCUUUAACCGUGGAACAGAGUCGGCCCAGAGAGUCCAGGACUUCAGAACCAGCUUUAAUCCUCCUGCUGCCCCUGGAUUAGACCCGAGACCAGCAGGAGGAGGGUCAGAUUACAGAUUAUCUUUGUGUUUAAUGUUUCAGUGUUUUUGUCCUGAAAUAAAAACAGGUGGAAAUGUUUGAGUCUUCAUGUUCUCACCAGCAGUAGAAGCAGCGCUCCGACAGACGUGCAGUGGUCCGGUCCGGUCCGGUCCGGUCCGGUCCGGUCGUCGCUGCAGAUCAUAUAUUUUUGUACAUUUGAUGCAUCAUGUUGUUGAAACGUCGUCUGGAUGGAGAGAAAUGUUAAAAUGUUGUUUACUUUUUUAUGACUUUAAAUAUAAACAUUUAUUUACCUGAACAGUUUUAACAUCUGUGGUGUUACUUUGGUUUGUUAAUCCAGAUUAUAUCAGAUUAAAAAGUUCAGAUGAA